AUGAAUACAAAAGAAAUAAGCAACCUUAUAGACCUACAGCUUUGGGAAAAGGCAUCUCAAGAUAUUGAAUGGUUCGAAAAACCCACAGCCAUCCUCGGCCGACGUCCAGGACCUAACCCUUUUACUUGGUUUCCUAAUGGGAAGCUGAACACCUGUUAUAACUGUUUGGACCGACAUAUUUUAAAAGAUCCAUCUAUGGCUCAACAACCAUGUCUUAUUUGGGAUUCAGCCGUUACUCAAACUAAAAUAAAGUAUACUUACAGCGAAGUUUUAGACAAAGUACAAACACUGGCAGGUGUUUUCCAUUCUUACGGUAUAUCGAAAGGACAUACUAUAUUGAUUUAUAUGCCAAUGGUACCAGAAGCCGUGUUUGCUUUUUUGGCUUGUGCACGUUUGGGCAUUGUGCAUAGUGCCGUGUUUGGAGGAUUUGCACCAAAGGAAUUGGCCAAAAGAAUCGACGACUGCAAGCCUAAAAUGAUUAUUACGGCAAGCUGUGGCAUUGAACCAAAAAGAAUUAUUCCUUAUAAACCACUUUUGGAAACAGCUUUGACAUUGUCGAGUCAUCAUGUUCCCAUUCGAAUGGUUUAUCAAAGGCCCAAUCAACCGCGAGCAUUAAUGAAUUACGCGCAGGGUGAUCGCGACUUUGACGAUGAGAUGGAUAAGAUUCAACGUAAAGGUGCCUAUUUCAAAGACUGUAUACCGGUUUCAAGUGAAGAUCCUCUGUAUGUUUUAUACACAAGUGGCACUACAGGGCAACCAAAGGGUGUAGUACGGUCAAAUGGUGGACAUGCCGUUGUCUUACGGUGGUCAAUUGAUUACGUUUUCAACAUCAGAAGAGGGGAUACGAUAUUCACAGCGAGUGAUAUAGGAUGGGCUGUAAGCCAUAGCUAUACUGUAUACGGUCCAAUGCUCAUAGGAGCCACGACUAUUCUAUAUGAAGGCAAACCGGUGGGUACACCUGACGCUGGAGCAUUUUGGCGACUUGUAUCCGAAAAUCGGGUAAAGACAAUGUUUACAGCUCCUACUGCUGUACGAGCCAUUGCUCGAGAAGACCCAGAAGGACAACUAGCCAAAAAGUAUGAUUUAAGUUCAUUAACCUCUCUGUUUUUGGCGGGCGAGCGAAGUGACACAGAAACACUCAAAUGGUGUCAGCAGCUUGUUCCUGAGAAUUGUGCAGUGAUCGAUAAUUAUUGGAGUACAGAAUUGGGCUCACCUGUAACAGCCAUUUGUUCUGGUGCUGUAAAGAACGCACGUACGGCUGUUAAAUUUGGAUCAGCUGGCAAACAAGUACCUGGCUCUCAAAUACGUGUAUUGAAAGAGGGUACUUUGGAAGAGACGACGGAACCAAAUCAGUUUGGUAAUAUUGUUUUAAAGCUUCCUUUGCCACCCGCUGCAUUUCCAGGUUUAUGGAAUAAUGCAGCAGGCUAUAAAGCUAGCUAUUUCGAUAAAUAUCCAGGUUAUUUUGAUACAGGUGAUGCAGGUCUUAUUGAUGAACAUGGUUACGUUCAUAUUAUGUCAAGGACGGAUGACAUUAUCAAUGUGGCUGGGCAUCGUCUUUCGACUGGUUCCAUUGAAGAAAUAUUGAGUGCCCAUCCUAUCAUAGCGGAAUGUUGCGUAGUGCCUUUACCGGAUAAGCUGAAGGGUCACGUACCAUUAGGCAUAUUAGUCGCAAAGCAUGGAUAUACUCCAUCGAACGAAAGAACAUUAUUGAAAGAAUUAACGGAAGCUACACGUCGAGACUUGGGUGCCAUUGCUUGUUUUGAAAGUGCUGUCAUAGUACCUAGGUUACCGAAAACGAGAAGUGGCAAAGUACUUCGAAGAAGCAUACGCGAAAUGGUGGAUGGUAAAACUGUGAAUAUGCCAGCUACUAUCGAGGACGAAGACGCAUUAUACGAGAUUUAUGCUGUGUUACGAAAAGGCGGAUUCAUUCCUGCAGAUGCGUCUCCUUUCAAAAAAUCAAAGUUGUAA